AUGGUGACGGAUGACAUUCUGAUGUUUAGAAAAAUCAAGAAAAUGCAAAAGUUUUUUGGUUUACAUGUGACAGGAAAACUGGACUAUUCAACCCUAUCAAUAAUGAAGAAACCACGCUGUGGCAUGCCAGAUAUAGCCAAUUAUCAUCUCUUUCCUGGAGAACCCAAGUGGCCUAAGAAUACUCUAACAUACAGAGUCACAAAAUACACUCCCGCCAUGAGUAAAAUAGAAGUGGAUCGAGCCAUAGACAUGGGCCUGAAAGCCUGGAGUGAUGCCGCACCUUUAAACUUUGUCAAAAUAAAUCAAGGGGAAGCAGAUAUCAUGAUUUCAUUUGAAUCUGGAGAUCAUGGAGACUCAUAUCCAUUUGAUGGACCUCGAGGAACUUUGGCCCAUGCUUUUGCACCAGGUGAAGGUCUUGGAGGGGAUACUCAUUUUGACAAUGCUGAAAUAUGGACAUCGGGUGCAAAUGGAUUUAAUCUAUUCACAGUGGCUGCUCAUGAAUUUGGCCAUGCAUUGGGGCUUGGCCAUUCCAGUGAUUCAUCAGCUCUGAUGUAUCCUACAUACAAAUAUCAACAUCCCAUUGGUUUUCGCCUGCCCAAAGAUGAUGUGAAAGGAAUACAAGCAUUGUAUGGAAACAAAAAUUCUGGACAAGAAAAGUCUGCAUUACCUCCACCACCUAAGCCAGAUCACUGUGACCCCAACAUGUCAUUUGAUGCCGUGACAGUUUUAGGAAAUGAACUUUUAUUCUUUAAAGAAAGGUCAUUCUGGAGAAGACAGGCUCAACUUGUCAGUACAAGACCAAAUCCCAUUGCAAGCUCCUUCCCGCAACUCAUGUCCAAUGUGGAUGCUGCUUAUGAGGUGGCAGAAAAAGGAACUGCAUAUUUCUUUAAAGGACCCCAUUACUGGACAACAAGAGGUCUCCAGAUGCUAGGACCUCCCCAGUUUAUCUAUGACUAUGGAUUUCCCAGUACUGUGCAGAAAAUAGAUGCUGCUGUCCACUUGAAGAACAACAAGAAAACACUCUUCUUUGUUGGAGAAGAUUUUUACAGUUAUGAUGAAGCAAACCAGGUCAUGGAAAAAGAUUACCCCAAAAGCAUUGAUGAUGAGUUUUCCGGGUAG